AUGCCGACCUUUAUGGAGCACCUCAAACUCGAAGACCCCACACAGAUGCCAUCAGAGCGAUUGGGGCUGUUGCAUGCCAUGUGUGCUCUAGCUGCACCAUUCUAUUGCGCGGAGAUCCUCGAGAUAAGCGAAGAUAAUCCCCAGAUUGAAAUUUGCUUGUUCGAAGCUGGUAAAGGCUGGGCAGAAGCUGCAAGAGAGAUCCUUUCUUCGAAUUUUGGAAAGCCUCAAAUUGAGAGCCUCAUGACGGAGGUGCUUCUACAUGAGUAUUACUUACGGGUAGGAGAGUAUGCUAAAAGCUUUAUGCUUUCCGGCCAAAUUGCGCGACAUCUUCAAGUUAUGCAACUUCAUCUUGAAUCUGACUCCGACCUGCUAUGUGAGAAAAGCCCAUAUUCCCCAUCAUCUAAGGAGAGUAGGAGAAGGCUAGCUUGGGCUUGCUAUAUCUUAGAUGCAUAUAUUGAAUGUGGAAUUGAUCAACUACAAUUCAUUACAUCGGAAGAUGUACAAGUCCAACUUCCCUGUCUUGAAGAUAUGUUCAUUAGAUCUAUGGCCUGUAUUACAGAGACCUUACCUUGUGGGAAAUUGCUUCCGUUCGUCGAUCGACAUUCCAACACAGACUAUUCAGCCCAACUGGACCUACGAUCCUUCUACAUUCGCGGAAUAUACAUGCGGUCCAAGAUUCUAAGAUUCGUGAAACAUCUAGAGGGCGAAGUUCCAUGGAGUGACAACAGGGAUUCGAAAUUUUCUCAACUUGAGAGUAAGCUGCAGGAGUUCGAAACCUCGAUUCCAGAAAUCUUCAGAAUGUCACCCGGGAACCUCUACUUAUUCAAGGCUGUGGGACGAUUGAACCUGUUCUUCGGAUUGCAUAUCUUGAUAUCUCAGAACUUCUACGAUUUAUACCGGGUUGGGGUCUCUAACCUAGUAUUUCCCGACACUGCGACAAGAUGGAUCCGGGAAAAUGCACCUUCCACUUUCAUCAGAAAAUGCCAUCUGGUAUGUUUCCAAAAGGCUACCUAUAUCGCAUCUCUGCUCAAAGAUCUUUGGGAAUGCGACAAGACUAGUCUCAUUGAUACUCCAUUUGCAAUGCACGCACAAGUGUGUAGUAGCGUUCUUGUGACAACUCUGACAUCCUGGCAAGAAAACGAUAUCCUAUUGCCAGAUCUAUCCUUGCUCGACUGUCAGGCAAUCUUGCAAACCAAUGUGGAGAUAUUACAAUACCUACAGCGGUAUAUGAAGGUGGACAUGUAUCGUGAAUCGGCCAUGCAUGCACUGGAUAGGUUCAUUCAAUUGUUUGCUCUGAACUCAGAUGGUCUCAGGACUUUGGGGUUGAAUGAAAAUACAGCCCAUGUUCAAGCGGAGCGAUUGAAAAUACUACGACUUGAAUAUGUGUUGAACCCCCUUGGAACAUAUCCCAUGGCCCGGAAACAGGCAAUAGGUGGCACGCAACAACUGGUACUAUCUGGCGAGGCAGAGAACCAGGCAGUAUCGAAAGGAUCGGAGUCGGAGUCAGAAACAUUGACCAACGGUACCAGUAUGGAUGAGAUAUAUGCAUUUUCCGAUCCGACUUACCAAUUCGGGGAUGAUGCCACGGUAGAUUGGGAUCCCGAGAUGUUUAUGAUACAAGGACUCGGGUAUCCUACAUUCCUCGGCCAAGAAAUCUAA